AUGGCAUUGUUUCGUGCCCUGUAUAUUAUUUGGGUAUUCCUACUCAUUCCACUGUCCAAUGCAGAAGAAUUCACCCCCAAGGUUACCAGAACUUUGUCAAGAUAUGUAUUCGAUAUAGUAAACUUUGAUGAUUCAAACACUUUGAUCAGAGCAGAAGAAGACUCUGUCGAGAUAAGUUUUGAUGCUGGAGAAAAUUGGAAAACAAUAGAUGAGAUUGAAGAGCCUAUCGAGUCAUUUGUUGUUGAUCCCUUCCGUGGGCAUGAUAGAGCUUUUGCUUUCGUGAAAACGGCACCAAAAUUUUACGUCACGGAUGAUCAAGGUAAAUCGUGGAGGCCUUUGACUAUACCCAUUUCUGAGAAAGCAUCGAAUUAUUUUUGCGACGUAACUACUCACCCUAUAAAAAAGAAGCAUCUUAUUAUUCGUUGUGAUUUGUUGACAAUAAAAAACUCAGGCUUAAUGUAUGUUGGAAGAGAGAUUUACACAACUAAUGAUGGAGUAUCCUUUUCCCAAGUUAAACCUUCUUUUGGAAAAAUUGAUGGUCAUAUUAGCACGGCACGCUGUGACUUUAUUAAAUCUAGUGAGGAUUCUGAUCUGGGCGGUAAUGAUGCUUCGAUACUCUGUCUUUUCCGAAACACUGAGUACAUUGAAAGUACAGGCUCAACUAUUGACAAGUCUGAAUUGAUUUUAAGUGCCGAUGGAGGUGAAACAUUCAAAGAAUUAGUCCAGUUCAAAGAUAAGGUUGUUAGUCGAUACGAGAUACUUAAGCAUCAUGUGAUCGUUUUGACACAAGAUGAUAUGUAUAAUGAAAUGUCAUCAACAAACAUUUGGAUAUCCAAUGAUGUAUCCACUUUUCAAGUGGCUCGUACACCUACUAAGAUACGGCACGUUAAUAUGGGACAAAUUCAUGAAGAUUCCAUCGGAAGAAUCGUUUUACCUGUAUCUAGAGAAAGAGAUGAUGAAGACAGCAACCAACCGGGAGCUGCUGAAGUGUUAAUAUCAGAUUCUGAAGGACUAAAAUUUUUGCCUAUAAAUUGGAUACCAAACAAUCAGUUUGGAUAUAUCAAUGUAGCUUAUCCAGGUUUCUUAAAAGGAACAUUUUUUGGUUCGUUUCAUCCCUUCAUUGAAUAUUCUGAUAGAAAAAGGAAAUACAGCCGACAGAAAGUAAGAGAGGAAACUAAAGUAUCUGUUGAUAACGGUCUCACAUGGACAAACUUGAAAGUUGUUGACCGGGAAAAUGUAGAUUUAUUUGGUUGUGAUGUCACUAAACCCGAGAGAUGUUCGCUUCAGACUCAUUUCUAUGAUCUAAGAAAUUUAAAUCCCUCUGCCGGAAUCAUGAUGAUAUCGGGUAUUGUUGGCGACGGCAGUGCAUACAAUUGGAAAGAAGAAAAAACUUUCAUCUCCAGGGAUAGUGGUUUAACAUGGAGGUUAGUCCAUAAUUCCACUGGUUUAUAUACUACUGGUGAUCUGGGAAAUAUUAUCAUGUAUAUUCCAUAUCGUUCGAAUGAAAAUGGCGAUGUGCCUUCUAAAUUUUAUUAUUCCUUGGAUCAAGGUAAGACAUGGGGUGAAUAUGAUCUAAUCAUGCCUAUUUAUCCAUACAGAUUAGUCAGCACAAUAUCAGAUGGAUCUGGUUCAAAAUUUAUUCUAACAGGAACGUCCAUUACAGAAGAUCCAAUAUUCAUUACAUAUUCAAUUGAUUUUUCAGCGGUAUUUGAUUAUAAAUCAUGUGAAGAGGGUGAUUUUGAAGAUUGGAAUCUAGCAGAUGGAAAAUGUGUUAAUGGCGCCAAAUACAAGUACAGAAGGAGGAAACAGGACGCCCAGUGUUUGGUAAAAAAAGCAUUCAAAGAUUUGAGUUUAGAUGAAACGCCUUGUAACAGUUGUACUGGAUCCGACUACGAAUGUUCGUUUGAAUUCGUUAGAGAUGCGAAGGGUGACUGUAUACCAGAUUAUAAUCUGAUUGCCCUUUCCGAUAUAUGUGACAAAUCGAAGGGUAAAUCUGUGUUAGUAAAGCCACUACAAUUAAUCAAAGGUGAUAAAUGUAAAACACCUAUGAAAAUUGAAUCCGUAGACAUUCCGUGUGACGAAAUUCCAAAGGAGGGUUCGAGUGACAAGGAAAUAGUGACUACUGAAAACAAAUUCGACUUUGAAAUUAAAUUUUACCAAUACUUCGAUACAGUUGCCGACGAAUCUUUGGUCAUGCUGAAUUCGAUAGGAGACGCCUAUAUAUCCCACGAUGGUGGACAAACGAUAAAAAGGUUUGACACUGACGGCGAAAAAAUUGUCGAAAUCGUGUUUAACCCAUACUUCAAUUCUUCAGCAUAUUUGUUUGGCUCUAAAGGUAACAUAUUCUUAACACACGAUAGAGGAUACUCUUUCAUGAUAGCUAAAUUACCUGAAGCCAGGCAAUUAGGCAUGCCACUAGAUUUUAGUGCUAAAGCACAGGAUACUUUUAUUUACUAUGGUGGUAAGAAUUGUGAAUCAAUUUUAAGUCCAGAAUGUCAUGCAGUGGCAUACCUCACCAAAGAUGGGGGUGAAACUUUUACAGAAAUGCUUGAUAAUGCAAUUCAUUGUGAGUUUGCAGGAACACUAUUCAAAUAUCCGUCAAAUGACGAUAUGGUUAUGUGCCAAGUAAAGGAAAAGUUUUCGCAAACAAGAAGUUUAGUUUCUUCUACUGACUUUUUCCAAGAUGAUAGAAAAACUGUCUUUGAAAACAUUAUCGGCUACUUGUCUACUGGUGGCUAUAUCAUUGUUGCCGUACCUCAUGAAGACAAUGAAUUGAGGGCGUAUGUAACUAAUGAUGGUGCUGAGUUUACCGAGGCAAAAUUCCCAUAUGAUGAAGAUAUUGGUAAGCAAGACGCAUUCACUAUUUUAGGAUCUGAGGAAGGAUCAAUAUUUUUACAUUUAGCAACAAACUUGGAAUCAGGACACGAUUUCGGAAACCUUUUGAAAUCCAACUCGAAUGGUACUUCUUUUGUCACCUUAGAGCAUGCCGUUAAUAGAAACACAUUCGGUUAUGUGGACUUUGAAAAAGUUCAAGGUCUUGAAGGUAUUAUUAUCACCAACAUCGUUUCGAAUAGCGAAAAGGUUGGCGAGAACAAGGAAGACGAACAAUUGAAGACGAAAAUCACCUUCAAUGACGGUUCAGAUUGGAACUUUUUGAAGCCUCCAAAGAAGGAUUCGGAAGGGAAAAAGUUUCCCUGUGAUUCUGUGUCAUUAGAUAAAUGUUCUCUACAUUUGCAUGGUUACACUGAACGUAAGGAUAUCAGGGAUACAUAUUCCUCUGGCUCCGCGUUAGGAAUGAUGUUUGGUGUCGGAAAUGUUGGCGAUAGGCUUCUACCAUAUGAGGAGUGUUCCACUUUUCUAACCACUGAUGGAGGAGAGACGUGGACUGAGGUUAAAAAAGGCCCCCAUCAAUGGGAGUACGGUGAUCAUGGUGGAGUCUUGGUUUUGGUCCCCGAAAACGCAGAAACUGAUUCUAUUUCUUACUCCACCGAUUUUGGUAAAACAUGGAAAGAUUAUAAAUUCUGUGGCGACAAAGUCCUCGUAAAGGAUAUAAUCACCGUUCCCAGAGAUUCUGCUUUGAGGUUUUUGCUAUUUGGAGAAGCAAAAAACAUGGGUAGUGGUUCAUUCAGAACGUAUACAAUUGAUUUUAGAAACAUCUUCGAGAGGCAAUGUGAGUUUGAUAUUACCGGUAGAAAAAGGGCAGAUUUUAAGUACUCUCCUCUGGGUUCCAGAACUGGUUGUUUGUUUGGCCAUAAAACAGAAUUUUUACGUAAAACCGAUGAAAAAUGUUUUAUUGGGAAUAUUCCACUUUCUGAAUUUUCGAGGAACGUCAAAAACUGUCCAUGUACAAGACAAGAUUUCGAAUGUGACUAUAAUUUUUAUAAAGCCAGUGAUGGUACUUGUAAAUUAGUCAAAGGCUUAAGUUCGGCGAAUGGUGCCGAUAUCUGCAAAAAGGAACCCGACUUAAUUGAAUACUAUGAUUCCUCCGGCUAUCGGAAAAUUCCCUUAUCAACCUGUAAAGGUGGGCUGAAAUUGGAUGCACAUUUAGCACCACAUCCUUGUCCGGGAAAAGAAAAGGCAUUCAGGGAAAAAUACUCUAUAAACACCGGCGCUUAUGCGCUGGUUUUUGUUACAAUUCUUCUCGUUAUUUUCUUUGUCGCAUGGUUUGUAUACGAUAGAGGUAUCAGGAGAAAUGGGGGAUUUUCAAGAUUUGAAGAAAUCAGAUUAGGAGACGAUGGGCUGAUAGAAAACAAUAGGACCGAUAGAGUUGUCAACAUCAUUGUAAGACUAGGAUUAUGCAUUUCUUUAAUCACCAAGUCUGCGUUUCAACGCGCGAAGGCAGGUACAGCGCAACUUUCUUCAAAAUUUAGGGCAAGGUUUGGCAACAAAAAAGGUGCCACUUACUCUUCGCUGCUUCAUGAUCAGCUUUCAGAUGAACCAGAUGGCUUCCAUGAAGAUUCCAACGAUUUAUCCAGUUUCAGAGGUCAAGGUAGUAAUUCUGAAAUUGAGCAAGAAGAUGUUGACACAUCUCAACAAGAGCAUACGUUGCGGACAGACCUACUUGGUGCUAGCAAUAUUCCAGACGCUUUGCCAGCGCGUAGUGCUUCUCACGAGUCCGAUUUAGCAGCUGCACGCAGCGAAGACAAGUAG